GCCUUGUCUAGCUAAACAGUAAUUUACUGGACCGGUUUCCACCACAACAACCCAGGCGCAACGUCGCGUCGCAAACCACAAACUACGCGCCAUACUUUAUAUCAUUUUCAUUCAUUUUCAUUGAUCUCCCUCCAGCUCUUAACUAACUCUACGUCUACCGAUUGGAGUCGCGCCCCCAUGUCUCAACAACCCUUGUCGUCAUCGGCUCAGCCGACCGACGUUUACGGAGGAGAUGAGGUUUCGGCCUUGGUUCUCGAUCCAGGAUACUGCCACACUCGUGCAGGCUUCGCAGGCGAGGAUGUGCCGAAGUGCAUCGUGCCAUCGUUCUACGGUCGCAUUACGAACAGAGACCCACCGACGACUCUCUUCGGUGACGAAUGCCUGAUCCCACGGCCCGAUUUCGAAGUCCGUAAUUACAUGUCGCGCGAUAGCGUCGUAGAGGAUUGGGACACCGCGGUCAAAAUGUGGGAAUACAUGCUGGUACACCGACUGCAGCCCGAGCGACCGACACCCCCUUCAAAGAACGGCCUGAACGAUGAUCCCAAGGAUCCCAAGGAAGGAGGCGACGCCGAGGGCGAUGUAGGCAUGGAGGACGUUGAGGAACAGGAGAAGUCUCUCCAGGAAAACCCUCUGUUGAUGACCGAGGCGCCAUGGAACUCCACCAAGUCGAGAGAGAAGGCCAUCGAGGUCAUUAUGGAGCACUGGGGCUGCCCCGCCUUCUGGCUAAGCCGAACAUCCGUCCUCUCCGCCUUCGCCGCAGGCAAGCCUAGCGCUCUCGUUGUUGACGUUGGCGGAGCGAACACGUCGGUCUCGGCCAUCCACGACGGCAUGUGUCUGAAGCGCUCCAUCCAAAAGUCCCCCAUCGGCGGACUCUGGCUCUCGUCACAAAUCCGCAGCAUGUGGGACUCGUCCGAGCCCAGGAUCGACCUCGUCCCCACGUUCAUGGUGGAGAACAAGUCGCCCGUCGACGCCGGUGCGCCCGCGCAGUACAAGCUACGCAACUUCGGCUAUCCCAUCAACGACUCCUUCCGGCAUUACGAGGAGGAGCGCGUCAUCACCGAGUUCAAGGAAUCCGUCGUCGAAGUGUGGCGCGGCCCUGGGAAGCUCCUGAACCCGCAGAACGAGGAGCUCGCGCGCUCGCAGCCCGGCCGCGUCUUCGAGUUCCCCAACGGCGCGAACCAAAUGUGGCGCGACCAACGCUACCGCGUCUCGGAGGGGAUGUGGGACGAGGCGGCUGCACUCCCGACGCCGCCCAGCGGUGCCGGUGGCAGCGAGGAGGGCAAGGUGCAGACUAUCCCCGAGCUCAUUCGGAGUGCCCUCAACGGCGUCGACGUGGAUCUGCGGCCGAAUCUCUUGGGCAAUAUUGUUGUGACCGGCAGCACGAGCCUACUUAAUGGGUUCAACGACCGGCUCAACAAUGAACUCAUGACCAUGUAUCCCGGUUCUAAGAUUAAGAUCCACGCGGCUGGGUUGACGUCGGAGCGACGAUUCGGUGCCUGGAUCGGAGGCAGCAUUCUGGCGAGCUUGGGAACUUUCCACCAAAUGUGGAUAUCACGCAAAGAGUACGAAGAGAAUGGUGUUAAUAUUGUGGAGAAGCGCUGCAAGUAGAGCUAAGGCGGCGGCUCGGCCAAGAAAGCAAAAGAGACAAAGAAGGAAGGAAAAGAGAAAAAAGUAGGCUCGGUUGGCAGAUGCUUACUUGUACAUGGGGUAUUUUGUGAGGGCUGGACGAUCCGUUGGAGCAGGCGUAUGGAGUUGCCAGAGGCGGUAUAUGAAGAGCCUCGGACUCUCGCAGGUCCUAUGGACGAAUUUGCGAUUGGGACUCGGUGCUCUUCAUUGUUAUUUGUAUCAUUGGGGGACCAAAGAUGUAGAAGAAAAAAGGCCUUUUCAUGUCACCGAAGACCGGCUCCUGUCUGGUGACUGACAUAUACGUACUCUAGGUUUGGCAACAAGCCCUUAGAAAGUACAUGGUAGACUGGCCAUCUACUAUUUCAGCAGACAUGUUGUACUUGGGAGAACGAUCUCGCCAUGCACUCGCUUUGCAAUAUUAUGCAGGGAACCUU